GCUCCAAAAUGGCGGAUGAUGAAGGAAACCUUUCUGCCAAGUCGCACAGAAAGAAACAAGCUGGGCCUAAAGCAGAGAAAAAGAAACAAAAUAAACACCCGCCAGAAGCUGCUAGUGCUGAGAGAAAUCGUAAGGCCUUCUCAUUCAAGUCGGCCGUUAGAGCAGCUCGCCAGUUUCGUCGAAAGCAAGAUGUUGAGACAAAGCGACAUCACGAACCAGUUGUUGAUCGAACGCCACUAGAACCUCCACCAUACAUCAUAGCAGUGGUUGGACCACCCAGAGUUGGUAAAAGUACGCUCAUCAACUCACUACUGAAGAAUUUCACCCGUCAGCAGUUGUCUGAUGUGAAAGGUCCUAUUACGAUUGUGUCAGGAAAGAAGAGACGUCUCACUUUGAUUGAAUGUAAUAAUGACAUCAACUCUAUGAUUGACGUGGCAAAAAUUGCGGAUCUGGUUCUCCUCCUGAUUGAUGCUAGUUUUGGCUUUGAAAUGGAAAUUUUUGAAUUUCUGAAUAUCUGUCAAGUUCAUGGCUUCCCAAAGAUCAUGGGUGUCUUAACACAUCUUGACUUGUUGAAGAACAACAAAGCCCUUAAGAAGACCAAGAAGAAACUGAAAACUAGGUUUUGGACAGAAGUUUACCAGGGAGCAAAAUUGUUUUAUUUGUCGGGUCUAGUUUACGGCUCUUAUCCUAAAGUGGAGAUUCAUAACUUGGGAAGGUUUAUUGCUGUGUCAAAGUUUCGACCUUUAACCUGGAGAGUUUCACAUCCAUACAUCCUUGCCGACAGAAUGGAAGAGUUGACAGAUCCAGAACUUAUUCGUCAAAAUGCCAAAUGUGAUAGGAAGGUUUCCCUAUAUGGCUAUGUGAGAGGAGCACACCUACAACACAACUCCAGAGUCCACAUCAUAGGUUGUGGAGAUCACACUCUUGAAGAGAUCAGCCUCCUACCAGACCCUUGUCCUCUGCCAAACGCAGAGAAGAAACGGUCACUGAAUGAAAAAGAAAGACUUAUAUAUGCCCCUAUGUCUGGAGUUGGGGGUGUUGUCUAUGACAAGGAUGCAGUGUACAUCGACCUUGGUGGAAGUCAGGCAGGGAAAGAGAGAACCAACCCCUCCACUCAGGUUGAAAAUCGACCAGGAAAUGAACUUGUGUCUUCUUUAAUUGACACAAAGCAGACAAUUGACAGUAAAAUGCAGACAAGUCAACUGACAUUGUUUAAGGAUGGUGCACAAAUAGCACCUGAUGAAGUCAUUGAGGAUGACGACUACUCAAGACCCUCUGAGGAAAUUGUUGUGGAUGAGAAUGGUCGAAGGAGAAGGAAAGCUGUAUUUGGUGAUUAUGAAAAUGAGGAUGAUAAGGAGGAAGAUGGUGAAGAUGACGAAGUUAUUUCAGAUGAUGGUGAACAUAGUGAUGAGGAUGAUGACGACGACGAACGUGGUAAUGAUGAUGAGAAUGAUAGUGAUGACAGUGACAUUGAUGAUGCUGUGGUAGAGAGUGACGAGGAGGAUGAAUUUGACGACGAGGAGGAGGAUGAUGAAAUAGUUCUAAAGUUGAAUUCUAAACAUGCUAGACGAGAACUGUUGUUAAAGAAGCAAACGGCUUCGGAAAAAGGAACUGAAAAUGGCCGGGAAGGAGAUGAAUCACAAGAAGAUUCAGAGGAAGAAGACGAAGGAGAACAAGAAAAGGAGGAGGAGGAGGAGGGAGAGGAAGAACAUAAUGGAAGAGAAUCUGAAGAAGAGUACAAUUUUAAUACUAAGGAUAAUUCAAUGAAUGAUUCCGAAUCAGACUCAAUAAUUGAUUUUCCUUCUCUGAAGAGAAAGAGAAAACUUGAUGUUACAGAGAAAGGGAACCAAGAUCACGGUGUUAAAAAGAAGUUAAAAAAUGAAACAGGCUCUGUGAAACAAAAUGCGGUCAAAGGUGUUAAAGCUGAUAAGAAAAAUAAAGAACAGACUGAAAGGACUGGUGAUAAGCCAAGUUUAAUUGAUUCCAAUGUUGAAUCAGGAUCAAUUCUUGAAAUUUCAAAUGACAAAGAGAGUGAAGAAGAUAGUGAUGGAGAUGUCAAUAUAGUGAGCUAUGGUGACUCAGGUGAAGAUGCAAGCGAAGAUUCAGGAUCUGAAAUGGAAGAAGGUGCUCUGAAGUGGAAGGAAAAUCUAGCUCAGAAGGCAGCAGCUGCAUUUCUGCAGCGCCAGCGAGACACGCCAAAUAUACAGAAACUUGUUUAUGGAAAUGCUCUUCAAAAUAAGAAAGAAGAGAGAGAAGAUGAGGACAGUGAUGAAGACGCUAUCGGCGGAAUAUUUAAAUUGAAGUCCAUGAAAGCUUCUGAAAGUAAAGGCGUUUUACACGACAGAGACUGCUCGCUUGAGGUUAUCACUACGCCGUUAAGGGAUUGGAGUCAACCGGAAGUGCUUCAGAGCAUCCGGGACUGUUUUGUGACGGGCAAAUGGAAAGAUUCUGAAGAUGCCGAGAUGCUCCUCCAGGACGAUGAUACAAUUUCCGAUGAUGAAAUGUUCGGAGACUUUGAAGACCUGGAAACUGGUGAAGUGCAUACGGCUGACGACAAACACAACUCAGAGAGGGAGGGACAAGAGGAUGAACAGGAUGAAAGUGAAGAGGAGAAAACUGAUGGAGCUGAUAGGAGGAUGGAAUUGAAAAAGAAACAGAAGGCGGCUUUUGAUGCAACGUAUGAUGAAGGUGACGAAACCUCGUAUUAUGAUGAGCUCAAAGCGCAGAUGACAGAGCAGGCACAGCUAAAUCAGUCCGAGUUCCAAGACAUGGAUGACGAGACGCGAACACAGUAUGAGGGAUUCAGACCAGGAAUGUAUGUCAGGGUGGAGCUCAGUGGUAUGCCCUGUGAGUUUGUCACCAACUUUGAUGCCAAAUAUCCCGUAAUUCUUGGCGGCCUUCUGCCGAGUGAGGAUAACAUGGGAUUUCUUCAGGUUCGCUUUAAGAAACAUCGUUGGCACAAGCGCAUCCUCAAGACAAGGGAUCCGCUGAUCUUGUCUAUUGGCUGGCGCAGAUUUCAAACUUUGCCGAUGUACUCAGUCCAGGACCACAACGGCCGCCACAGAUUGCUGAAGUACACCCCUGAACAUCUACACUGCAUGGCUACCUUAUUUGGUCCCAUAGCUCCCCCCGGAACUGGAGUCCUGGCAAUUCAAAGCACAGCAGGCGAUAUGUCUGAUUUCCGCAUCUCAGCCACUGGUACCGUGUUGAACUUGGAUAAAUCUGUAGAACUAGUCAAGAAACUCAAGUUAACAGGAACACCCAUGAAGAUAUUUAAGAACACUGCCUUUAUCAAGGGCAUGUUCAAUUCAGCUUUGGAAGUAGCAAAAUUUGAAGGAGCAACAAUACGAACUGUCAGCGGUAUCAGGGGACAAGUUAAGCGCGCGCUGAAGAAUCCGGAGGGUGCUUUCCGUGCAACAUUUGAGGACAAAGUUUUGAUAAGUGACAUAGUUUUCAUUAGAACCUGGUACCCAGUCACAGUUCCGAACUUCUGCAACCCUGUGACGUCACUACUCUUACCGCCAGAACAGAAGGCAACGUGGCAGGGCAUGCGCACUGUUGGUCAACUUCGAAAAGACCUAGGUUUGAAAGCGCCUGUCAAAAGUGAUUCGUUGUACAAGCCUGUAGAGCGGGUCACUCGUCACUUUAACCCACUGGUGAUUCCAGCCAAACUUCAAAAAGAUUUACCAUUUAAAUCCAAACCCAAGCUGAUGAAGAAAAGGACUAAGCCAACCUUGGAAACGAAACGCGCUGUUGUUAUGGAACCGCACGAAAAGAAGGCUUUCACGCUCAUGAAGCAACUGUACACUGCAAACAAGGAGAAACAACGAAAGCGAAAGGAGAAGCUUCAAGAGAAAAGAAAGGUCUUUCGUGCAGAGCAGGAGAAAAAGGACGCAAAACGACAACAGAAACAGAGAGAAGAAAGGAAGAAGAUUUUCAGAAUGUUGGGAAAAGCAGAACAACGGAAAAAGAAAACAUGAUAGCGAUCAAAUUUAAUAUUCUUUCUGUCAAUCUUUUUACAUUUCUUGUAAAAAGUUGGGUAUAACGAUUCCACAUCAAACAGGUCAAUUGUUCUUCGGUGGUGAUUUUCAUUAAGUUUC